AUGGCGACAGAAUCGCAUGCCAUCGUCUUCGGGGCAGCUGGACUGCUCGGAUGGGCGACCUUGAACCAGCUGCUCUCGGGCUACCCGUCGUCCAGCCCCUUUUCUCGGGUCACCGCGGUCCUCAAUCGGGCCGUUUCGGAGGCUGAUCUCUGCUUGCCUUCAGGACCGGACCGACCUUCAUUUGGGCUCGUUUCGGGUAUCGAUCUGCUACAGGCAACCGGCGAUGAUCUUGUGAAGCAACUGAAAGAAAAAGUCCCUGGCGCGGAAGGGAUAACCCACGUCUUUUAUUUCGUCUUCGCGCCGUUCGACGAUGACCAUGUCCAAGAGUGUAACCAGAACUGCGGGAUCAUGCAGCGACUGGCCGACGCGUUGAACGUCGUCGCCCCACGGCUGCGCUCGUUUGUGUAUCCCGGGGGGUCAAGAGGUUACGGGAUUUACAAUCCUGGCGGUGUCUUCCAGCCACCACUGGAAGAAUCCAUGGCGGACGGCUUACCAGAAGACUACGCGAAAACAGUCGCAUAUCCAUGGUUCCGACAGAUCUUGACGGAAGCCAGCAAAGAUCGCAAUUGGACCUGGAGUGAGAGCUCCGCCGACAAACCGAUCGAGGUUCCGUUCCCUGGCAGCGAAGCUGGUUAUCGGUCGCUGUAUACGCCUGUGUCGGGUGACAUCCUCGGUCGCAUUGCCAUCCAUGCAGCGCUCAAUCCAGAGUCGUGCGGUGGGAAGAUUAUCAAUAUGAUGGACAACGACAUACCCGUCAGCGCGAGCGACCUAUGGCCGAGCAUCGCGGCCUGGUUCGGGCUCAAAGGGGUGGGACCCGCGGAAGAUGACGCUCUGAAGCCAAGUGAAUAUAUUGACAAAUACCGCCAUCUGUUUGCUCAGAAUAGGAUUCCAAAGGGACUGACAUGCGGUGUUGGCAUUGGGAAUCAGCAAUUGGAUUCGGUUGGGUGGUGGCUUACUUUUGACCGACAGUUCAGUCCCACGAGGUUGAGGUCGGUGGGAUUUACUGAGCAGCGGGAUCCGGUUGAAGGCUGGUUGGAAGCAUUCGAGAGAUUUCGAGAGGCGGGCAUUAUUUUUUGA